AUGCGAAGCAUGGCGAGCUCAAGAGGCAAUAUAGCCGCCAUCGUCGGCGUGGGCCCCAACCUCGGGCUCUCCAUCGCUCGCAAGUUCGCUCACGAAGGCUACACCGUCGCGAUCCUGGCACGUGACUUAGGGAGAUUAUCAGAAUUCGCGGAGGAAAUAGCGAGGGAAGAAAAAGCACAAGUGUUUGCGAUAAGAAUUGAUUGCUCAGAUUCCAGAAGCGUGAGAGAAGCAUUCGAAGGUGUUCUUUCGCUUGGAUUCGUUGAAGUUCUUGUUUACAAUGCUAAUUAUCAGUCACCGCUUCAAUCUAAGCCUACUCCUUUUCAACUUCUUCCCAUUCAAACUUUUCAAACUUCUCUAGCGGUUUCAUCUCUUGGUGCUUUCAACUGUUCUCAACAGGUGCUGCCUGGUAUGGUUGAGAGAGGAAAGGGAACGAUUCUGUUUACUGGCUGCUCCGCUUCUUUAAACGGCAUUGCUGGAUACUCUGAACUAUGCUGUGGGAAAUUCGCUUUAAGAGCGCUAUCGCAAUGUCUUGCUAAAGAAUUUCAACCACAAGGAGUGCAUAUAGCUCAUAUUAUUAUCGACGGUCUCAUUGGCCCACCCAGAGGAUCACCGGCGUCGGCGGCAACGACAACGUCUCGGGGAGGAGGUGAGGGUGUUAUGGACCCUGAUGCUCUGGCUCAAACAUAUUGGCAUCUGCACGUUCAGGACCGGAAUGCAUGGACUCAGGAAAUAGAUGUUCGUUCAUCCAUCUGCUAG